AUUUGUGAUUCUAAACUGAAAAUUUUGAAUGUCAAUGCAUUGUUUCCGGGGAGCACACAUGACAAUCAUAUAUGGAAUAAUAGCAACGUUUUACCAGUUGUUCAAGAAUUACACGAGCGUAAUUUGAAUGAUUACUAUUUACUGGGAGAUUCUGGGUAUCCAUUACGCCAGUGGCUUUUAACGCCAAUAUUAAAUCCAAGUAGUGCAGCUGAAAUACAUUAUAAUACUAAACAAAUGUGUACAAGAAGCUUAAUAGAACGAUGUAAUGGGGUUCUAAAAGCCCGGUUUAGAUGUUUGAUCAAAGAUAGAACUUUACAUUAUAAUCCUGAGAAAUCAUCAGCAAUCAUAAAUGCUUGUGUUGUUUUACAUAAUUUAUGUAUUACAUACAAUGUACCUGAAUAUAUAUAUGAAGAACUAGAGGAAAAUGACAUGGGAAUAUAUCAAGAAGUUGAAAAUAAUGAU